CAGCGGGCCGAGCGGGGAGACCCCGCCCUCGGCGCGCACGGAGCCUUUCUCGGCCGCUCGAGCCCGACCGGUGCUGCAGCGCCGCCGAGAGCGGCCUCGGAGGCGGCAGCCGCGGGAGCGACCCGGAGAACGGCUUGCUUGGUGGGGCCGAGGCAGGAUAGGGCUAGACCCCCGAGCAAACUUUGCAGGGGCUUCAGCCGGGGGCGGCUGCGGCAGCCAGCUCCGGCCCCUAGUGGAGCCCGGCCCGGGAGCUAGUGCCUCGGGCUGGGAAGGUCUGGAGCCCCAGCUGAGAGCGGAGCUACCAUCCUCUGCCCUUCCCGCUCUUCACAGAAAGGAUCUCUGACAAGUCUUAACAGUGUUGACCUCUGCGAGGAUCACGGACCAUGGUGGGACAGUAACAUCUUUGGGGGAAAGAAAAUUGGCUUCCUUUCCUGAAAGUGGUAAACGUAUAGCAGAUGAUGGCCCAGGAGGAACACUAGAGAGAUGGAGACCAUCUAUGUUUUCCACUAGGAAACAAGAUCAGUCUUAAGAGUCCAUGUUGAUCUUGGAAAUAGAAGGAUUAAAAAAAGUCAAGUUUCCGCAAAGAACAAGAACUUUACCAUCUCCUUUUUGACCUGAAGACCAGGGGACAAUGGAUAUCAUAGAGACAGCAAAACUCGAGGAACAUAUGGAAAAUCAAACCAAUGACCCUGCAAACACUUACGCGAGACCUCCUGAGCCUGUCGAAGAAGAGAACAAAAAUGGCAACAGUAAACCUAAGAGCUUAUCCAAUGGGUUGCGGAAGAGCACCAAAAAGUACCCGGACUAUAUCCAAAUUGCUAUGCCCACAGAAGCCAGGAACAAAUUUCCCCUCGAGUGGUGGAAAACGGGCAUUGCUUUCGUGUACGCUCUUUUCAACCUUGUCCUGACAACCGUCAUGAUCACGGUUGUGCACGAGAGGGUCCCUCCCAAGGAACUCAGCCCUCCACUCCCAGACAAGUUUUUUGAUUACAUAGAUCGGGUGAAAUGGGCAUUUUCUGUAUCAGAAAUAAAUGGGAUUAUAUUAGUUGGAUUAUGGAUCACCCAGUGGCUGUUUUUGAGAUACAAGUCAAUAGUGGGGCGCAGAUUCUUUUUUAUCAUUGGAACUUUAUACCUAUAUCGCUGUAUCACAAUGUAUGUCACUACCCUCCCGGUGCCUGGAAUGCAUUUCCAGUGUGCUCCAAAGCUCAACGGAGACUCUCAGGCCAAAGUACAGCGGAUUCUACGGUUGAUCUCUGGCGGUGGAUUGUCCAUAACGGGAUCGCACAUCUUGUGUGGGGACUUCCUCUUCAGCGGCCACACAGUUGUGCUGACGCUUACUUAUUUGUUCAUCAAAGAAUAUUCGCCUCGCCACUUCUGGUGGUAUCACUUAAUCUGCUGGCUGCUGAGCGCUGCCGGAAUCAUCUGCAUUCUGGUAGCACACGAACACUAUACCGUCGACGUGAUCGUUGCCUAUUACAUCACAACUCGGCUCUUCUGGUGGUACCAUUCCAUGGCCAAUGAAAAGAACUUGAAGGUGUCGUCACAGACUAAUUUCUUGUCUCGAGCGUGGUGGUUCCCCAUCUUUUAUUUUUUUGAGAAAAACGUACAAGGCUCGAUCCCUUGCUGCUUCUCCUGGCCUCUGUCCUGGCCUCCUGGCUGCUUCAAAUCAUCUUGCAAGAAGUACUCACGGGUUCAGAAGAUUGGUGAAGAUAAUGAGAAAUCUACCUGAGGAGCAGAGCAGAGGCAUCAGCUCUUACACCAAAAGAGUUAACGCUGUAACCAAAGGUAUAGUUUUGAUUUUUAUUUUAGGAAAACUGAUCACUAAAGGAAGAAGCGGACCAAGUUUUGUGCAAGUGAUUAGAAAGAUGAACGAAGUAUUACCCUUUGACUGGUUUUUUUUUUUAAUUCAUCCUGAGAAAGUUAAAAUUCUCCUUCGGCUCUUCAUUCAUUGGUGACAAGCCCUCCAAUGGGGAUUUUACUAAUGAGCUUGUUAAAAGAGGUGCCAAAGAACAUGCUACUCCUUCCUUAUUCUUUCUCCAGGAAAGCUCUCUACUUCAGAAUUUUUUCAGGAUUUUUUUUUUUCCCUCCAAGGUCAAAAGAAUUUGUUAAAAUUUUAAAUAAAUAAAGAUAUCUGGAUAUAGACAGCUACUGUGUAAAUAAAAUCUCCAAAUGUUGA